GGCGGGUGAGCGCAGCGCGGCCCGUUCUGCCGCCAGGCCCGGCCGAGGCCCUGGCGGUUCAUUGGUUGGAGCUGACUGUUGCUGAUUUCUUGUCUGAAAGGGCUGAUCAAAGGGCACCAGGAUCGGAUGAAAUUCAGAACAGGCUUCUAGAGCCGUAAGCAGAAGGCACAGGGUCACUGAGAUACAGGAACCGACAGCAGCAUGGAUGACCAUUCCCCUCAUGCCUUUGGUCUUUGUCAUGAAUUUAAACCUACUGUUCAUAGUACAAUUCCCAGGGCCAAAAGGCUGUUGGAUUCAGCAGAGCAGGUUCAGGCCCUGCAGUCAGCUAAGAAAGCUUGUGUGUUGAGUCACCUCUGUAGCACUCCCAAUCCAGCAGAGAAACUGCUGCUCUCUUCCCCAGAUUCUGCCUGCUUUCAAGGAUCCUCUUGUUUUUUGGAUGAUACUGGUCACAAUGACCUUGUUGCCAGUUCUGCUGCAUCAAAAUACAAUGAUGUAGCCAUCUCUCUAGAUACAACCAGAUGUUUUGAUGAUAGCGAGCCAGAUGACUCCUUGUUGGAACUGUCAGACAGCGAAGAAGGGAAUUCUCCUUUCAAUUACACUGAGGAAGAGAUCCAGGAAAUCUUGGCAGAUGAUUGUGUGGAAUCUGAGCAGUACCUAACUACAAAAAGCGCUCUGAGCCAAAAUGUAAAUGGAGAGAGUGAAAAGGAGGAGGGCAGCAGCUGCACUGGGGCAUCAGUCAUCAGUGACGAUGCAAACGUAACCUCAGAGAUCGCAGAGAAACCAAAUGAACCUCUGUCCAGAGAGUGUUCUUCAGUCGGUUCUGAAUGUUAUCCCAGCCUUUUGAAUGAAAGUGCUAGUUUGGAUGAGAACCAUCUGCAGUCAGCCCAAGUAACUUGCAUGUUAUUUGACCUUGAUAUUCAGGAGCUUCUGAGUCUCAGCCCCAUUGAUGCUGACUAUGUAGAUCUGCCUCUGGAGGACAAUUGUUUGGAGGAAGCAGAAAGAGAAGCUUCAGAAGCAAUCACAAAUGAUUGCCUAGAAUAUGAUAAAACUGGUAGUAGCUCUGUUCCUGAAGAAUCCUCGGAGGGGCUGAUGUCUAAUGGCUGGCAAAGCUGGAGGCAGGAUCACCUGGGAAGGAUUCCCUUUGCAAGCAGAGAUGUGUCUCGCUUCUGUGGUGAUGGUGUGGAAAGAUCCAUGCCCUCUUCUGGCCUUGCCUGUGGCCAGAGCGCAGCUGAGGAGAGUUCAGCACCUGUGUUGCCGAGGUGUCCCAUGCUGUCUGCUGGGUCCAGGAACCAAGAACUUUCCAAAGCAACAAAGAGCUGUUUUUCAAGGAAUUUAGACUCUCCAGAGGACGAUGGGGGGCAGGAAUUUUCAGAAGUUGAACAGCCAUCAAACAGCAUUAAAUUAAGUGAUACAGCUGUAGGCCAGAUUGGGCAGGAAGAGAUAACCAGUGGGAAGAAGCCAGGCAAAGUCAUUGCUGUGCCACAGAAGGAGGAAAGACUGAAUCAAUGGACAUGCAUUUUGGAAGCAGAGCUUGAGCAAAAGAAACACUUUUAUCCAGAGCAUGCACGUCCAUAUGAAGAAAACAGUAGCUCCUACACCAGAUCUCAGAUCGGUGACUGGUUUCCUCUUCACAUCUCUCCCUGGAGGAAUCUCAUCUCAGCAGAAUCUAGUAUAAAGGGGCCAAAUCCUCUGUUGGAGUAAACUGAUGCAACCC